UGCAAAUCAUCUCUAACCAUCUCUCUCAUAAACACCAAGAAAACAAAACCAAGAAAAGAAAUGGCAGCUGUUUCUUUCCAUGCUCGCUCCAACAGUUUUCCUGCUGCAAGGCCACACCCUCUAGUUUCCGAAAUCGAUGAGCAAGUUUGCAGGUUGAGACAAUCUCAAGCUGCAUCAGCAUCAUCAUCAUCCAUAGGCCGGAAUCUAAAUGGCCUCCAGGUUGUGUAUGAUUGUGUUGACCAGUUGUUCCAACUGUCCACAACCCAACAAGCCUUCAUCAAUGACCAGAAGUGCUUCAAUGAGCUAUUGGAUGGGUCGCUGAGGCUCUUGGAUUUGUGCAACGCAGCCAAGGAUGGCUUGUCCCAGAUGAAAGAGUCUGUUGGCGAGCUUCAAUCUGCUAUUCGCAGAAGGCAAGGAGGAUUGGAAGGUGAAACCAGAAGAUACCUCAAGUCUAUAAACAUUGUGAGGAAAGAAAUCCAGAAGGUCUUGAAGGGUAUUAACAACAAGAAGUCUGCGUCAUCAGACAACAGUGAGACUAUCUCCAUGUUGAAGGAAGCUCAAUCUGUUGUUGCUGAGGUUCUAGAGUGCUUGUUGUCAUUCAUUUCUCAAACAAGCUCAAAACCAGGCAGCUGGUCAUUGUUUAAAAGGGCGGCAGCAGGAUCAGCAAGUGAGAAUGAGUUUGCAGAGGUGGCUGCGGCCUUGAAGAUGAACAAAUCUAGUGAAGAGGUUCAAGUUCAACUCAAGAACUUGCAGCCAUGCAUUCAAGAUCUUGAGGAAGGAGUUGAGUGCCUGUUCAGGCGUUUGAUCAAAACAAGAGCCUCCAUUCUCAAUAUCCACCAUCUGUAGUUAUUAUUACAUCAUCGGAACAAUACUUGUACAAGUUGUAUAGAAAAUUUUUAUACUCAAAUCCGUAAAUAUACAUGGUCUCCUGGAAAAUUAUGUCUCACUUUUCAUUUAUUGCUCUAUCUUCUAUCACAAUACAUGUAGUACAAACAUGAAUGACAGUGGAAAACAGGUUCUAGGAUCAUUACAGACAGUCGAGAGAACAAUACAUAGCUUCCAUUAACCUUCAAUUCUUUGAAAUGUAAGAAAAAGAAACCUUCAAUUGGAGGGCAUUCACAUCACAUGGGAGCCUGGCAAAAAACAUAACAACUCAUGAUGCCAGAGAUCAGCGAGUAAGCAAACAAACAGUUCAUGGGCACUGCAGAAUGUGAUGGCUUGUUUCCUGUCAAAAGGCUCAGUUGAAUCAUUUACACGUUCCUUCAUUGUACAAGUGGCUAAUACAGCAACUAUCACAGC